CCGAUAGGUCUCUGCACUCGCUGUUGCCUCUGCCUGGAACAGUCUCCCUCCUGGUGUCAUUGUCUCCGUGGUGUGUCCUUCCUGACCUUCCACCUCCACCAGGUGCCGACACUUCCCUGACCCCAGUAACCUCUUCUCUUGGGUGGGUGAAUGCCACCUGCUGAUGUCUGAUUUAUUCAUCGGUUUUCUUGUCUGUAGUCUGUCCCCCUUGGGGACAGGGACUCGUUGCUCAUGUUCACCCGGCAGGCUGGACGCUUCAUGGAGGGCUCCAAAGCUGGCAGAUCCCGGGGCCGCCUCUGUCUCUCCCAGGCCCUGCGUGUUACGGUGAGAGGAGCAUUUGUGUCUCUGUGGUUUGCUGCUGGAACUGGUGACCGGGAGAGAAACAAGGGAGACAAGGGUGUCCAGACAGGUGUGGGGCUCAGCCAGGAGGCAGAAGACGUGGACGUGUCCCGGGCCAGGAGGGUCACAGAUGCACCACAAGGCACUCUGUGUGGCACUGGGAACAGGAAUUCUGGGAGUCAGUCUGCAAGGGCGGUGGGCAUUGCUCACCUGGGAGAAGCCUUUAGAGUGGGCGUUGAGCAGGCCAUUAGCUCGUGCCCUGAGGAGGUGCAUGGGCGGCAUGGGCUCUCCAUGGAAAUUAUGUGGGCGCGAAUGGAUGUGGCUCUGCGCUCACCUGGGCGAGGACUUCUGGCCGGUGCCGGGGCACUCUGCAUGACCCUGGCAGAAUCGAGCUGCCCUGACUAUGAAAGGGGAAGAAGAGCAUGCCUGACCCCCCACCGGCACCCCACCCCUCACUGUUCCACCUGGGGCCUGCCUCUGCGGGUGGCUGGGUCCUGGCUGACUGUUGUGACUGUUGAGGCCCUGGGGGGGUGGCGCAUGGAAGUUAGGAGGACUGGCCAGGUGGGGCCCACUAUGCACCCACCCCCAGUGUCAGGUGCUUCUCCUCUCCUCCUCCACCACCUCCUCCUCCUCCUCCUCAUCAUCAUCAUCACUUGUUGAGGACGUCCUGUGUGCCAAGUGGUUUAUAUGCCCAGCCUCAUUUAAUCCUCAGAAUGACUCCAUGAGGUAGCUACUAAAACCCCCCACUUAACAGAUGAGGAAACUGAGGCCUAGAGAAGCUCAACAAGUUGCCUAAGUUCCAAGUUUCCUCUCCCAACUCUCCUACCCUCUCCUCUUCCUUCUCCUUUCUCCCAUUCUUCCCUGCCUCUUCCCUAACUAGACAAUUUUUUAUUGAGUGUCUCCCAGGUGCAGGCAUGAGCCAGGUGCUGGGAAGAUCAUGAUAACCCAGCUCCUUCUGGUCGUUUUCUCAGCUGGUUAGAGGCUGGGAGGACACGCAAGUUCAGCUCCAGCCGACUGGGGCAUUGGUGGUAGCCCCUGGAGACAUUGUGCAAUGGGGCUACGAGGCUGCAUCUGGCUCCAGGGAAGCGUGUUGCAAUCCAUGAGUGAUGUCUGCCAUGCGUACAGGCAUGGAGAGUGAGGCACCUGUACUGUCUUCCUGUAGACCCUAGACUGGUGGGGCCUCUGAAAUGCAUCCAGACACUGUGCUGGGUGUGUUGCAUGGCCCUCCCAACCAAUUCAGUAUUUUUCUCCCCAUUUUCCAGGGAGAAAUCUAAGGCGUCGGAAUGUAAGGUUCUCAUUGGAACCCAGGCUCCAGGGUCCCUGGUUUUCUGUGACAUCAUGCUGCAGGACCCUGUUUCUCUCUUUGCUUUGGCUGCUGGGGAGCUCAGAAGGGAGCUUUAGGCUUGCUCUCAGUCAUCACAUUAGCUCAGGGGUUUGGGCAUUUUUGUCGCCAUCUCCUUUGGGCUCUGUCUCCUCCCUGCUGUGCUUCCCGAGGAGCA